AUUCAUUCGCUUUAUUUUCUUCUGCAACUUUCGACAUUCAAAAAAUUCUAAGUUGGUCGCCUGAGAGAGUACUCGAUAGUUGCGAGAAACAAACGACGUACAGCCUACAUUUUCGUACACGACAAAUUGGUUCGAAACGUAAGAGCAGUUCAGUACCUCUGGCGCGAUUCAUUUUGAUUUUUGCUAGAAAGCAGUAGUAAUACCACACUCGUGAAUUUUUUUAUUGCGGUACUGUAGUUAUUGUUUCGUGCACGCAAAAGGGUGGUUUUUUAAGGAGUAAUUUAUCAUGGCUGAUGUAAAAGGUACUGGUAGUUUCAGGAGCAACAGUAUCAUUGGCGUAAACGAGUUCACAGACAACAGGGCGUUAUGGAAGAUGUUGCUUGCAGAAUUUCUGGGAACGCUCCUCUUGGUGGCCGUAGGAUGCGGAUCUUGCAUCAACAUGUCUGGAUAUCUAGACACACCGAUCGUACAAAUCGCUUUGACUUUUGGACUGAUGGUUGCUACUAUAGUACAGGCUAUCGGUCACGUUAGUGGAGGUCACAUCAAUCCAGCAGUCACAAUCAGCAUGUUCGUUACAGGAGAUAUCAACCUGAUCCGUGGGAUCCUUUAUAUUGUGGUCCAAUGCAUUGGCGCUAUUUGUGGUGCUGGUAUUUUGAAGCUGAUACUUCCAGAACGCAACGUUGGUAAUCUAGGCAUUACAAGCGUUUCAUCUGCCAUUUCACUCCCAUGUGGAAUGGUGUUCGAGCUUAUUUACACUUUCGUACUCUUGUUCGUCAUCCAUGCAGUUUGCGAUAGCAGAAGAUCAGAUUUGAAGGGAAGCGCCCCCUUGGCUAUUGGACUUGCUGUCGCUGCAGUACACGUCAGUGGGAUUCACUUCACCGGUGCCAGUGUGAAUCCAGCUCGUUCAUUGGGUCCAGCAGUAAUCAUGAAUAUUUGGGCAGGGCACUGGGUUUACUGGAUUGGUCCAAUCAUAGGCGGCAUCCUAGCAGGCCUGCUCUACAAAUUUGUUUUUAAGACACGCAAAGGAGACAAUAAUGGUUCUUACGAUUUUUAAUCCAACAAUGUUUUAUUUAUCAUUUCAUUUUAGAGACAUUUUUAUAAAAUGUUUUAGAACUCAUUAUCGUACGUCACUAGUUAUCUUAAGCACUUUAUUGCUACAAAAAUUUGCUAGGCAAUAAUCUCCGAUUUUCUGUCAACAUGAUUAAUUUGAAUAUAAGAUAUUGAUAGAAAAUCACUACAAAAAAUAAUAUUUUGGUUUUUCAGUGGUAAACCAACAUAUGCAAAAUUUACCAAAAAUUAUUGGUACUGUGAUUAACAUUAUUUUUGCAACAAACUGGCAUGAAGUUUGUAUAAAAAUAUCAUUUUAUAUAGUUUUAUCCACGUAGUAGAUAUCCAAGAAAUUCUGUAUACAUUUUGUUUUGUAAAUAUAUCAGUAUUAUUAAAUGUAUACGAA